GCCUCGAGGGCAGCCCUUGAGGAGGCCGCUGCAGGGCCAAGGCUCGUGGCCUUUGGCGGGGGCGCAGCGGGGCCCGAGGGCGCGCAGAAGCUGGAGCAGGCGGUCCCGCAGGUGCAGCAGUCGGUGCUGCACGAGGAGCAGCUCCAGGCAGAGCCCGAGGGCGACCUGGGCGAGGGCUUGCUGGCGCCAGGCUGCUGGCAGAGGUGCGACCCUGAGCUGGAGGCGCGGGCCUUCGGAGAGGGCGUCGCUUGCGGCUGGCGGCUGGCGACGCGGCGCGCGGAGGCCAGCGGCGGCUCCGAGAGCACUGUGGAGUGCGACGUGGAGUCGGAGAAGGAGGUUCCCACCUGCUCGUCUGUUUGUUCGCGCGGCAUCAGCGACAAGAUGUGGAGAGCAAGGUCGGGGAUUUCUCGCACGUGGUUGGAGCCGCCCCCGCGGGAGGCUCGGCGCCAGGCGUGCGACGAUGCGGCCGAUGACGCGCACAGCAGAGUGAUUGCGGCCGAGUCCGAGGCGGAGCUGUUCUUCCUCGACUGGUUCGGGCAAGACUCUGAGUGCGGCAUCGAUAGGGUGAAGCUCAUCCAGGAGUUCGUGGACGAGGGCUUCGACAUCGGCUUGAUGCUCGACUUCCUUGGCUCCCCUUGGUUUCUGGAGCGCUUCACCGAGAUCGACGGCGUCAUCCACUGCAUCGAGGACUGGGGCGCCGAGAGCGCAGGCGGCGGUGACGCCUGGGAGGACCUCUCGGCGGUGGCGCAGCGGCAGCAGGGCAUCGACGGCGAUGGCAAGGAGCUACCGUAUGCGGCCGAGGACGCGCACAGCAUGGAGCUUGCGGCAGAGUCCGAGGCGGAGCUGGACGACCGUGCGGGCCUCUCGGCGGAGGACCAGAUCACGGCGCAGUUCCGAGACGCGUCGGCAGGCCUCUUGGCGGACCUGGAGGCGCAGCUGGCGCGC